UGCAAGCAAACACAGAACAUAAUAAAUAACUUAACAUUCUAGUUUUAUCAUAUUCCCUCGUACCCCACCUCUAACAGGAUUGAGUACCGUCCUCGUCGUUGUUUAGUUUGAUCAUAUUCCUGUUCAUUUAUUAUACCUUCAAGUUUAUGCUGUGUACGUGCAUGCCCCAUUUACUGGAUUACCAUUACUAUAUUUCUCAUAUUUCUUUACACCCUUGAAAGAGACUGCAGGUGGAAAAUUCCUUCUUUUGAAGAAUAUAUAUUAAUUUUUGAGAAAAGUGCAAGUGUCUAAGAUUCUAUCAAGAUUUUCGACAGAGAGGUUAAUAUAGCAAUAUAGUAUCAUCUUUAUAAGGAGUUGCUGUUUAAAGGGCUGGGAAAUGUGUUGAUCAUAUGAUGAUGAUACAAAUGUGGCCAAAUUCAAGUAGAGUGAGUGUAUGUGAAUCAAAUCAGAAACUAGAAAAGAAUGCUGGAACAAAUUUGUCGUCUCGUAACAGAGAAGUCAGUUCUAGGUACAAAUCACCCACACCAAGGCGUUAUCCUUCCCCAAACACACCGAGAACAGUUACAAAAACGCCCGUUCCUAUAUCAACAAGAGCUGUAUCUACAGAAAGAAGAAAGCCCGCGACACCACAAUCACCAUCACGCCCCUUUACACCAGUCCACGAUACGUCUGUUGAUACGGAACUGGCAGCCCGAAAGGUGGCUGGCAGUAAAGUACCAGAGUCCUUGUGGCCUACACGAAUGCGUAGUCUAAACGUUGCUUUUCAGUCUGAUACAUAUUCCUUGUCCACUAGUAAAAGAGAGAAACCGCCCCCUCAGGCCUUUUCUGAUCGCACCUUGAAAUCAUCAUCAAAUGUAUCACAGAAACGAAAUGCAACACCGCCUAGAAAGGAUACCCUUGAGAGAAAGAUGAGCCCACUGAAAGGGAAAAGUGCACAUGAUCAGUCAGAGAACCGGUUGCCAAGUCCUAAAGUUUUAAUGAAAAAUCAUGACCUUCCUGAUAAGCCCAACAAACCUUUUAUUGCACCAAAUAGAAAUGUGGGGGCAUCCACCCUCAGGAGAAUACACUUAGAAAAAUCUGCAAGUGAUCCUGUGAGGUUAUUACCGUCACUUGUCAGAAAGUUAGAAUAUGACAAUCUACAAAGAAUGUCUAACCUUGUUUCUUCAAGUUUAUCAGCAAGAUCUCAAUCUUUGCCUGCUACUGGAGCCCAACCACCUUCACCGUAUAAGCCAUCUAGUUUGGGCUCAAAAAGACCCGUAAGUCCAGCUCCUUCAAGAGGGACCAGUCCUUCUCAAGUUAGGCCAUCUAGUCCUUUGAGGCAACCUUGCAACUCAGACAGAGUUUCUGUUCUCACAUUUGUUGCUGACAUUAAAAAGGGGAAAAAGGUGUCUGAUCAGAUAGAAGAUGCUCACUAUUUACGGUUACUUUAUAAUAGGCAAAGUCAGUGGCGGUUUGUUAAUGCCAGUGUAGAAGCCGCCUUAAAGUCUCAGGAAGUAGCUGCUAAGAAAUCUUUAUUUAAUGUGUGGAGAAGUUCCUCAGAAAUCCGUGAUUCAGUAUCUGCGAAGAGGAUUGAGCUCGAUCAGUUGAGAUUGAAGCUAAAGUUUAAUUCGGCUUUAAACAAACAAAUGACCUACCUUAACGAAUGGGCUUCAAUUGAAAGGGAGAACACUCUUGCUUUAUCCGGUGCUAUUGAAGAUCUACAGUCAAGCACUCUCCGACUUCCUGUUACCGAAGGGGCAAUGGUACAUGUUGAAACUUUAAAGGCAUCUUUUCGGUCAGCUAUCCAAGUAAUGCAAACAAUAGGAUCCUCCCUACAGUCUACUAUGUCAAGGUUGGAAGGUCCGUAUUUCCUGUCAUCUGAACUUGCUAUUGUAGUGGCACAGGAAAGAGCUCUUCUUGAUGAAUGUGAAGCUCUCAUGGUUUCUGUAGCUUCUUUACAGGAAAAGGAAUACAGCCUUAGGACACAUCUAGUACAACUGAAACAAGAGACGACACUUCCAUGACUAUAUAUAUAUAUAUACAUUCGACGCGCUAACAUCCGUUUUCUUUUACCAUCUCAUGGUAUGGAGUAGUCUCGAAGAUUAGUGUUACUUCCUUAAGCUCACAAAGUUAUAACCUCUUUGCAAAACUGCAAGGGCAGAAGACCGCAUACACACACAUAGGCGAACCCGAGAUUACCAAUUUAUCAUCUCGCGAGUGAAGAAAUGUACUAUACGAUACUAACAAGCGUUGUGGUAAACGUCACACGAUGAGUAUAUAGGUCUCCUAAGAAACCGAAAAUUGUAAUACCAGCACCCAAAUACUUGAUGUAUAACUAUUUGGUGAGAAAAGGUUACAUGAUAUCUUGCAA